GAACCACAACUCCCGGCACGCCCCGCGAGCGAACGCAUCACAAUGCUGCUGAGCCACACCGCCCCCCACCGAGGAGAAACGCGAGUUGCAGCCGGGAAGGAGGAGACUAGAAGGGAUGCGAGCGACAAGACCCAGGUGAGCGCUUGGUGCGGCUCUGUUGCAGCAGCAUCUAUACACGCCUCCACGAGGCGAGCCCCGCUCUUGAAGCCGGGAAAGCGAUGGGAAUUUAGCGCGCACGAGGAACUGGAAGUGACUCAUAGAUUCAAUAGAAGGGACCCUGAGAAUCAAUGCAGGAAAAUGCAGCUGUCCCAUACGGGCAGUGCUGGAUUUACGUACUGUAUAAAGCUAAACAAGCUAUAACUUAGCGACCCAGUGGGGCCCCCCAAAAAAAUUAAAGGGAAAAAAAGCACAUGGAUGUACAUUUCCAAAAUAUAAGAUAAAAAACAAAUAAAACAAAACCUACAUACCUAUUAGGUCCAUCAAUUACCAUAUAGCAUAUAUUCAACACACACAAAAACAGCGACAAUUUGUUGUUGACAAAGGACAGCUGAACAUAUAAAGGGCCCCAUUACCCUCAGUAGCUUAAAAGGUAAAGGGACCCCUGACCAUUAGGUCCAGUCGUGGCCAACUCUGGGGUUGCGGCGCUCAUCUCGCUUUAUUGGCCGAGGGAGCUGGCGUUUGUCUGCAGACAUGUGGCCAGCAUGACUAAGCCGCUUCUGGCGAACCAGAGCAGCGCACGGAAAAGCCAUUUACCUUCCCGCCAGAGCGGUACCUAUUUAUGUACUUGCACUUUGACGUGCUUUCGAACUGCUAGGUUGGCAGGAGCUGGGACCGAGCAACGGGAGCUCACCCCGUCACGGGGAUUCGAACCGCCGACCUUCUGAUCAACAAGUCCUAGGCUCUGUGGUUUAACCUGCAGCACCACCCACGUCCCUUUAUUUCUAUAUAGAACAGCCUAAUUUUUCUAGUGCUGUCACACCCUACACCGUUAAGGUGCUCUGUGGAAUGAAUAAAACGUGCUGUAUCCCCACCCCCUGUCCUUGCGACACUUACUUGUCCUUUGCUUUGCCAUUUUCACAGAUAGAUGGACUAUAAGAAACUUUCAGAGGGCCUCUCCAUAAAAAUUUUCUCGUACCUUCAUGAUCCAGUGGGAUGGAAAGUGGUGAAAAGUGCAGUAAGAACAAUGCAGUUCAUCUUGUUUUAGCUAUUUCUCUCUUGCUGUUAAGCCCCAAACUGUUAUUAGCCCAUGGCAGGUUUUUCUUUUUUUGUCAGCCUGCUGAUAAAUAAUUGCACCUUUAAAAAGAAGAAGGAAACAUCCCAAGAUGCCUGGUCGAUUUAGAAGCAGCUCUUAUUUCUCACAGGCAACCAGAGUAUUUAGAACCUGAUCUAGAAGUAAAACAAUAGGUUUUUUUAAAUUGGGGUUUGUUUGUUUUUAAAGUUACAGAUAUUUCAGAGGUGUUUGAUUAUUAUUUUUUCCUUUCCUUUAUUGUCAACCUGAGAAACAAAUGUCAGUGUCGGCAAGACCUUCAACAGAUUUUCCAGGAACUCUGUAAGUAAACAGGGCUUUGGUUCCUGUGUAUUUCCUUCCAUGCACUCACUCUGAAAAGCAGCACCAAUGGCAAAAUCACAGUACAAGGGAUUUCCCCAUUCCCAGAACUAUUAAUGAUGGACAUGUCCAUACUGUGGACCUCAAAACUGAUUCAGUAGUCACUCCCCCAUCCCAGGAACUCCUGAAUUUUUCAUGCCAGUCAGUUGCCAUGUUAAAUGCCACAUGGAUCCCAAAAUGCCAUGCUGUAAUGCCAUGCUAUAAGGUGGAAGCUUGUGGUUUUUUAAAAAUGGAUCCCAAAAUGCCAUGCUAUAAGGUGGAAGCUUAGGUUUUUUUUUAAAAAAAAACUAAUUUUGUUUCAUUAUUUAUUUAAGCAUUUAUUUAAACAUUUACAAGCCACACUUUUCAUAAAAGACACAGCAAGGCAAUAUGCAACAUGCAAGAGUAUAGCAAUGUUGGUAGAAGCAUCAGUAGAAGCUGGUUGUUGGGGGUAGAAAAACAUCACGUUCCAAAGGACUGUCUGAAUGACACAGUUUUCAACAGACCCUCUGAAAGUAGGCAGGAAUCAUUCCUGCCGAGCGUUUAGUGGCGGGGAGUUCCACAGGGCAGGACCUUGCAUACUAAUGGCAUGGUCUCUAGUAAAGGCUGACUGGACCCUCAGGGAAUCUCAGCGAUCAAGAUGGACCAUAAGGAAUCCGGAGGUCCCAAAUUAUUUAAAACUUUGUGAAUUUACACCCAGAGCCUUGAACCUGGAGUGGUAGCUUAUUGCAACCAGUGUAGCUCUCUCAACAGAGGCGGAUGGCGUGUUGCCUGUAGCCUGCUGCUGUGAACAUUCUGGCUGGUAGCUUCCAAAUCAUGUAAGAUUUAGUUGACCUUCCUGCAUUGCAGAGGGUUGGACUAGAUGGCAUUUGUGGUCACUUCCAACUCUACAGUUCUACGAUUCUAUGAAUGAAUUAUCAGAAACAUAGGAAGUUAACUUGUAUCAAAUCAGACCACGAGUCUACCUAGCCCAAUAUUGUCCACACUGAUUGACAGCAGCUCUCCAGGGUGCCAGGCAGGAGACAAGUCCCAACUAAGGCUGCCUUAGAUGUUCUCUCUUUUCAUUCAUGCAACAGGGCCUUCCUUUCUUCCCCACGCAUACCAGCCUAAAAUUAUACUGCCUUGUUCUACUGCCUCAUUCUUCUGUGUGCGUAGAACUGCUCCUCAAUUCCCGAUACAAACCAAACACCUCUGAAAUACCUCUGUUUCUGUAUCUAACCUAGAUAUCGUGCUGAAGCGCUAGUGGAAGUACCGGCUCCUAAACUCUUUCCCUUCAUUUUCCGGGCUGAGUACCGCAACAAGUGGGACAGAGCAGUACAGUCGUACAAACUUGUAGAUACAAUUGACCAGGUGAUUCCAUAAGUUAAUGGGGUUUUGAAGUUCUGGGGUGUGUUUGUGGUUUUUUCCCCCUUAGCCUAGGCAUUACUUUGGCUUUUCUGGCAGAGCUGAAAUGUGGGACAAACAGGUCUUGUGCCUUGGGCGGCUGUAUAAAACUCUGGAUUUUCAUAGGUGCAUCUUUGUACAUUAUUUGGGGUUGCAUCUAAAGAAGUUGUCUCCUUAGUGCAAGGACUUCUACCUGUGUGGCAGGAGUUCCUCUCCCUUCCUCAAUACAUUUCUGGUUUCCCGCCAACCUCCUGGAGCAGAUUGGCGCUGCAGCAAGGCUCCUCAUGGGGUCCCUGCCAUGGGAGCAUAUUGACCCAGGGCUUUUCCAGCUGCACUGGCUCCUGGUAGAGUACAGGGUCAGAUUUAAGGUGCUGGUUUUGACCUUUAAAGCUCUUCAUGGCCUAGGACCCUUGUACUUACGGGACCGCCUCUCCCGGUAUGCCCCGUGGAGGACCUUAAGGUCCAUAAAUAGCAACACCCUAGAGGUCCCGGGCCCUAAGGAAGUCAGAUUAGCCUCAACCAGAGCCAGGGCCUUUUCAACACUGGCUCCGGCUUGGUGGAACGCUCUGUCUCAUGAGACCAGGGCCCUGCAGGAUCUGAUUUCUUUCUGCAGUGCCUGUAAGACAGAGUUGUUCCGCCUGGCCUUUGGCUUGGAAUCAACUUGAUCCCCUCCCCCCUCUUUCCUUUUUCCUUUCUCCUUCUGUGAUGGUACUCCUAUUUGGGGACUUCCCUGGCUUUUUACUGGCCCACGUAGGACCAGUCUGGAUAGUUGGCCUUGGUGAAGAUUUGACGUUUUCAUCCCCAAAAAGUUUUUGAUUUGAGCUUCUACUGAAAUGAGGCUGCAUUUUAAUGUUGUACUUAAUCUUGUUUUUAAGUUGUAUUUUAAUCAAUUGUUUUUAUACCUGGUGUUAGCUGCCCUGAUCCUGGUCUUGGCUGGGGAGGGCGGGGUAUAAAUAAAAUUUAUUAUUAUUAUUAUUACACAGCGAGAGAAGAGGGAAUCCCAUUGCACAAGCAGAAGUUAUUGCGCUUACAAGAUGACUUCAUAGGAUGCAACCCAUAAUGCUUAGUGGCAUGUAAGGCCAUACCUGCCAACUUCUUAAAGACAUAGCAAAUAAGCUAUACACUUCAAAAAUAACAUACCAAUAUAGCUACUGUUCUGGAAAGUUAGUGAAAGCAAUUCCUUUCUGACUUUAGUAUGCUACACACAUGGCAAUAGCCUACUACUUUGUCCUCAGACAUGUGGGAAGGAGGGAACUUAUUUUCCCUGGCAGAGCUUUCCUAACUAUGGAAAGCCAGCAUUUGUUACCUCUAUUCCAGAUUUCGUUAAAGAAGGAUUUGGAGGAAUUUGACUUGAACCAUCUUUUUUUCCCCUGGUUAAGUUCCGCCGGGUUGCUAGGUCAUGUAACUGAGCUGGAAAGGGUUUGGAAGAGGUGUAAGUCUCUAUCUGCUUUGCUCCCCCACUUCCCCAUAACGCUCCCCUUUGUGGGGGGAUUUAUGCUAGCUUAGCCCUGGGUGAGAGACUUACACUGCUGUAUCAUCAGCUCAGCUGGGAAAGCCCAAGAUCUGCUGAAUCCAAACUCCUUCAUCCUGGUGGAUCUUCGGGCUGGAUUGUACUGUAAGCCAUCCCACCCGCACAAAAUAUCCCCCCCCCCUUGUUUUAAUCCAUUUUCCUCAAACGUAUUAGUGUCCUUCCGUCCAAUUGUUCUGAAACUACUUAGAAAGAUUGGGGCAGGGGCAACACUUUUAAAAGCCAGGAAAAAAAGCCAGGAAAAAAUAAGGUAGAAAUGAAUAGGAAGGUAAGAACUCUGAUGUUUGCAGAAACGGGAUGUCUUUAGGAAGUGUUGGGGACACAUAGUGUGAGGUUGGUUACCUGUUUUCGAUCUCUAUCCAUUCCAUACAGUAAUCCAUUCCAUACAUCCCCAUCCAUUCCAUAUCUUGCUUCCCAAACUUAAUCCGUUCCAAAACCAAAGCGUUCUAAAACCAAGCCGCGCUUUCCCAUGGAAAUUAAUGCAAAAUGGAUUUAUCGGUUCCAGACUUUUAAAACAGCAAUUCAACAUGAAUUUUACUAUCUAAUGAGACCGUUGAUCCAUAAAAUGAAAACAAUAAACAACGUACUGCAGUCACACAAUCAAUCAAUCAAUCAAUCAAUCAGUGGCUGAAGUGGGUUCGACACAGUCACAAAAACAAAAGAGCCGCAAAAACAGACAGACCUCAGCGUAACACUCAAAUUGUCAGUGUAACACUCAAAGCAGAAGUGUGGUACUCAAAAGGGAGUACGUUCGGCUUCCAAAAAAAGUUUGUAAACUGGAACACUUGCUGUAGUGUUUGGGUUCCAAGUUGUUUGAGUACCAAGGUGUUUGAGAACCAAGGUACCACUAUAAUUUAUUUAGUUACUGAAAGGAUUUCUAUUCACCCUUCAGUGAAAAGCAGUGUUUCUAUGUUGAACUCUGAGCUGAGCAUCAGCAGUGCUUGCCUGCUUGAAAAUGCCAGCUUUGCUUUUGGCUGGUGAAGCCUAGCAAUUGGUUGACGAAGCACAAUAUCAAGACUCUUCAACUUGUUUUUUCUGGUAGGCAGGUUACCCUGAUGGAGCCAAGGAAGUUUGGGGCCAAUUCUUUAACAAUUUGUUUGUUUUAUAUUUGCUACAGGACACUUUCGUUUACCAAAGUAUUACACACAGUUACGGCUUGGGGCUGGUUACGCCAAGGGACUUUGUCUACUUGCUGCAUGUUAAGACAUAUGAUGGAGAUUUAUUGACAACAAACUGUAAGUAAUAUUGCUUGCUCGGAAGGGGUUAAGAAAUGGAUUUCACACAUAACCAGUUUAGAACCUGGUGAUUCCCCUCAGUAGAAUACACUAGUGGGCAGGGGUACCAACUUGAAUAAAAUAUUGGAGGGGCAGCUAAACUCCACCCCACAUAAUCACAAUUUUUUAAAAAGUUUUUUUUAUUCAAAAUUAAAACAAGACAUAUUAUCCAAAAACAUAUCAUCCUUGUUUCCCCCCCCCCCAUUUUUCCUCCCUCCCCCCACCCUCCCAUACAAAAACCCGACUUCCCUCAGUUCCAGUCUUUGGUUUCUCUGAGACUGCUGUUUUCUGCAUGUUACAAAGUUGUAUAGCUCCUCAAACUAUUUAGCUGAUUAUUAUCAAUAAAAAAGUUUGUGAAUGUUUAUUCAAAACCUGCCAGGGAGUCCAGUUCACUUUGUUGCGUCUUCAGAUACUUUGUAAAGGGUUCCCAUUCAUCUUUAAAGUCACAGUUAUCCUUGCCCCGUAGCUUAGAUGUCAGUCAUCACAAUAUUUUAUUUUAUUCAUUUGACCAAAGAGACCUCAGUCCCUAGGAGUUGGCUCUUAAGCCAGUGGGCUAACCUCCAUAUGAAGUGUCUUAAGCUCUCUGGAAGAAUAGAACUGUAAUAAAUACUAACUUAGAAAACAAAUAGCUCUGCUAUCCUCCUACCCCUAAAAACCCCAUAUUAUUUUCCUAGAAAACUAUACCCAUAUCCCUUGAAGUAGGGAUGGACAAAUCCUGUUUCUCAUAUUUCCGAUCUUAUGUCCAGUUCCCCACACUCCUCACCUCAUUUUGCUCCUUAGGGAAAAAAAGUCCUAAUGAAAAUAUAUCAACAUUUUAAUGUGAAUUUCUCCUAAUAUAUUCUUUUUAAAGUAUUUUUGCCCUUACACACUUUGCAUGUUAUUUUCAUGCAAUUUAACUUCCUUCCGCAGGGCCUGUAAGACAGAGCUAUUCCCCCUGGCUUUCCAUUUGAAUUUAGCCUGAUCUUUUAUUCCCCUUCCUUCCCUCUCCCUCCCCUUUUAUGAAGAUUACCCGCUCUGGGAUCCCACAGCUAAUUCUCCCCUGGUCUCCUCGCUGGCCCAAACAGGACUAAUUUAGCCAGCUAGCGCUAAUGUUUAUUGGAUGGAUUUCCCCCCAAAUUUAUUUUUGAAUUCUGAAUUUAUUGUUAUUCACUGUAUAUUAUGUUGCUUUUCAUUGCAUCAAUUAAGCGUUUUAAAUUUGUUGCUAUCCGCCCUGAGCCCGGUUUCCUGAACCGGGAAGGGCGGGGUAUACAGUGGUACCUCGGGUUACAUACACUUCAGGUUACAUACGCUUCAGGUUACAAACUCCACUAACCCAAAAAUAGUGCUUCAGGUUAAGAACUUUGCUUCAGGAUGAGAACAGAAAUCGUGCUCUGGCGGCGUGGCGGCAGCAGGAGGCCCCAUUAGCUAAAGUGGAGCUUCAGGUUAAGAACAGUUUCAGGUUAAGAACGGACCUCUGGAACGAAUUAAGUACUUAACCCGAGGUACCACUGUAAAUAAAAAAAUAUUAUUAAUACACACACAGUAUGUUGCUCUUUUAUUCUUACUGCCAAUAGGUGAUUUGUUGCUUGGACGUAUGUUUGGGUCACCAUGCUUGCUGGUGGAGCAGGUUUUAAAUUCUGUUUUGUUCUCCCCCAUAGCUGUAAGUGUAGACCACCCAGCCUUUCCUCCAACUCCAAAGUAUGUGCGUGGAACAAACUACCCUUCUGGCUAUGCGUGCUGUCCCAUACCAGGGUAAGUGGUCCUCACAGCCUGUUUAUUUUCAGGGAAGGGUAAAUCAUCAUGAUGGCUUCCAAGCUGGGAGGCAGAAGAGCUCUUUAUAACUUCAUUGCAUCAGUUGUAGUUUGGUUACAUGAAUAGGAGCAUAGGAAGAUGCCCUACCAAAUCAUAGAAGCAUAGAAUCAUAGAAGAGUUGGAAGGGACCUUGAGUUUCAUCUAGGCCAACCCCCUGCAUUGCAGGAAUCUCAGCUAAAACAUCCAUGGCAGAUGGCCAUCCAACCUCUGUUUAAAAACCUCCAAGGAAGGAAAGUCCACAAUGUCCCAAGGGAGACUGUUUCCACUGUUGAACAGCUUUUACCACCAGAAAGUUCUUCCUGAUGUUCAGUUGGAAUCUCCUUUCUUGUAACUUGAAGCCAUUGGUUUGAGUCUUUCCCUUCCGGGCAGGAGAAAACAAGCUUGCUCUAUCUUCCAUGUGACAGCCCUUAAGAUAUUUGAAAAUGGCUAUCAUAUCUCCUCUCAGUCUCCUCCUUUCCAGGCUAAACAUACCCAGCUCCUUCAAGCACUCCUCGUAAGGCUUAGUUUCCAGACCCUUGAUCAUCUUGGUUGCCCUCCUCUGCACACGUUCCAGCUUGUCAACAACCUUCUUAAAUGAUAGUGCCCAGGAUUGGACACAUAAUUUCAGGUGUGGUCUGGCCAUGGCAGGAUAGAGUGAUACUAUUACUUCCCUUGAUCUGGACACUAUACUUCUGUUAAUGCAGCCUAGAAUAGCAUUGGUCCAUCCAGUUCAGUGCCAUCUACACUGACUGGCAGAGGAUUUCCAGAGUUCAAGGCAGAGGAAAAUGAUUUAAGUGUAUAGCGAAGGGAAGCUUUUUCUGAAUUUCCCCUCUUUGGUUCUGUUCUGUGGGUCCCAUCACUUGCUGAGUUUGUACUGUUCAGUUCUCACCGUUAACAGUUUAAUUUCUUUCCUCCCACCUUCUGAUAAUCAGAACUGUUUGUUUUCAGAAGGGUAUAUUUUAAUUGUUGUAACUCUCCCUGGGACCUUAUGGUGCAGGGUGCAUACAAAAUCUAAUAAAGCAAUGCUUUGAGGUUAUUGUCUCAGAGAGAAAAACUGUCUCGUUUGCUCGGGUUAGUAGAAAUAAGUGCCAAACAUAAUGAUGAAGUAGUAAUACAGACUACUGCCAGGUUAUAGUGUCAUAUUUGAUUCCUAGAACUGUGUGUAAUUUCCAAUUUCUUAAUGGAUAAAAAACAAUUCCUCUCUUUCAGCAACCCAGAGCACUCCAAGUUUGUGGCGAUUGUCCAGGUGGACUUAGGAGGGAAGUUAAUGCCGUCUGUCAUAGAUUCGGUUAUGCCAAUGAGCAUCAUGAACAUGAUCAUGGAUUUCAAAGCUGGAAUUAAGUCACUGAAGGGAAACACCUUAUAAAAGUCUACCAGAGAGUGGAUGGAAGGUUCUUUGCAGUGCACAACUGUC